UAGCUGGGAUGGUGGUGUGGGGAUUCUGGUCACUUAGCCAGAGGAGUGCAGAACUGGAGUAUAUUAACACGUACAGACAACUCGAAGCACGAGAAUUUGAUAUGCAGGGCAGGGACCAUUCAGCCAGUGGGCCAGGUCCAAGGCCACCUUUGGCUAAAUUAAGCAAUGUCACAUGCAUCCCAGAGACAACUUACAAAUAUCCCGAUUUGCCUAUAAAUCGAUGUAAGGAAGAGGUUAUUUCUUUGAUAGAAAGUAAUUCUGUGGUAAUCAUCCACGGUGCCACGGGCAGCGGCAAGAGCACUCAGCUGCCGCAGUACAUCUUAGACCACUGCAUCCAGCGCUCCACCUACUGCCACAUCGCGGUCACCCAGCCGCGGAAGAUCGGGGCCAGCAGCAUGGCCAGGUGGAUCAGCAGGGAGCGCGCCUGGACUCUGGGGGGCCUGGUGGGCUACCAGGUAGGGCUGGAGAAAGUAGCCACAGAGGACACCAGGCUAAUCUACAUGACAACGGGGGUCCUGCUUCAGAAGAUCGUCAGUGCCAAGAGUCUGGUGGCCUUCACGCACAUCUUCAUCGACGAGGUACAUGAGCGAACCGAAGAAAUGGAUUUCCUGCUGUUGGUAGUCCGCAAACUUUUAAGAACAAAUUCACGUUUUGUGAAGGUCAUCCUCAUGUCGGCCACCAUCAACUGCAGGGAGUUUGCGGAUUACUUUGCCGUUCCUGUCCAGAACAAGAUGAACCCUGCAUACGUGUUUGAGGUGGCCGGGCAACCCCACUCGAUUGAAGAGUACUACCUCGGUGACCUGGAGCACGUGCUGCGCUCUGCGCUUCCUCCCCAUGUCCUGGAGGAGCCUGUGAUCACCAAGGAUAUGUACGAAGUCGCCGUCUCCCUCGUCCAGAUGUUUGACGACAUGGACAUGAAAGAGAGUGGGAACAAGAGCUGGUCGGGCACGCAGUUCGUGUGGGAGCGGAGCAGUGUGCUGGUGUUUCUGCCCGGUCUGAGUGAAAUAAACUAUAUGCAUGAACUUCUCACAAACAUGAUUCAAAAAAGGCUGCAGGUCUAUCCCCUGCACUCGAGCGUGACACUGGAGGAGCAGAACAACGUGUUCCUGAGCCCAGUCCCUGGAUACAGAAAGAUUAUUCUGUCCACCAACAUUGCAGAGAGCUCUGUCACCGUCCCAGACGUCAAGUAUGUUAUAGAUUUUUGUUUGACUAGAACUCUAGUUUGUGAUGAAGACACGAAUUAUCAGAGUCUGCGCCUGAGUUGGGCCUCAAAAACCAGUUGUAACCAGAGGAAAGGCCGAGCUGGACGCGUGUCUAAGGGCUACUGUUACCGCCUGAUACACAGGGAUUUCUGGGACAACGCCAUCCCUGACAAUGUCAUUCCGGAGAUGUUGCGCUGUCCAUUGGGAAGCACCAUAUUGAAAGUGAAGUUACUCGACAUGGGGGAGCCCAGAGCUCUGCUAGCGACGGCCCUGUCCCCCCCCAGCCUGAGUGACAUCGAACGCACGGUGCUCCUGCUAAAGGAGGUUGGUGCACUUGCUGUUAGUGGACAGAAGGAAGACGAGAACCCCCACGAUGGUGAAUUGACCUUCUUAGGAAGAGUGUUAGCCCAGCUUCCUGUCAACCAGCAGCUUGGCAAACUCAUCGUCCUGGGACAUGUGUUUGGGUGUCUGGAAGAAUGUCUCAUCAUAGCGGCAGCGCUGUCCUUGAAGAAUUUUUUUGCAAUGCCUUUUAGGCAACAUCUUGAUGGAUACAGGAACAAAGUGUUUUUCUCUGGCAACAGUAAAAGUGACUGCAUCGCCCUGGUCCAGGCGUUUAAAACUUGGCAGUCCUGCAGACAAAGAGGGGAGCUGCGGCAUCCAAAGGAUGAACUCGACUGGGGACGGUUAAAUUACAUUCAAAUCAAGAGAAUCCGAGAGGUGGCCGAACUGUAUGAAGAGCUGAAGAGCAGAAUCUCGCAGUUCAACAUGAGUGUUGGCUCCCGGCGGCCUGUUCUGGACCAGGAGUACACAUACAAGCAGCGGUUCAUCCUGCAGGUUGUGUUGGCAGGUGCUUUCUAUCCGAACUACUUCACUUUCGGACAGCCGGACGAGGAGAUGGCGGUCAGGGAGCUGGCAGGCAAAGACCCCAAGACGACCAUUGUGUUGAAGCAUGCACCUCCCUAUGGCUUCCUCUACCACAAGCAGCUCCAGUCCCUCUUCAGGCAGUGUGGCCAAGUCAAGUCCAUCGUGUUCGAUGGUGCCAAAGCCUUUGUGGAGUUUUCGCGGAACCCGACAGAGAGGUUUACGAUUCUCCCUGCGGUGUAUAUGGCAGUGAAGAUGUCUCAGCUCAAAGUCCCCCUGGAGCUCAGCGUGCACUCUGCAGAGGAGAUCGAAGGCAGGGUGCAAGCAGGGGCUGUCUCAAAGCUCAGGAACACCAGGGUGAAUGUGGACUUCCAGAAGCAGACAGUGGAUCCUGUGCAAGUGUCAUUUAACGCGAUGGACAGAUCCCGGGUGGUUUCAGACCUCUUCCUAACGAUCGACGUGACGGAGGUGGUUGAAGUGGGGCACUUUUGGGGGUACAGGAUUGAUGAGAAGAACUCAGCAAUUCUGAAGAAGCUUACUGCGGAGAUAAACCGUCUGCAGCUGGUGCCCUUGGCCGUCCACCCGCACCCGGACCUGGUCUGCCUGGCGCCUUUUGCCGACUCCAACGAGCGGAGCUACUUCAGGGCGCAGAUCCUGUAUGUGUCUGGGAGUUCUGCUGAGGUGUUUUUUGUGGACUAUGGUAACAAAUCUCAUGUGGACCUGGAUCUUUUAAUGGAGAUUCCUUGCCAGCUUCUUGAGCUUCCAUUUCAGGCGUUGGAGUUCAAGGUCUGCAGGCUGCGCCCCUCGGCCCGGUCCCUGGUGUGCGGUGAGCACUGGAGCUGUGGGGCCAGCCGGCGCUUCACCACCCUGGUCAGUGGCCACGCGCUGCUGGUCAAGGUCUUCUCUGUGGUGCACAGCGUCCUGCACGUGGACGUGUACCUGUCCUCGGGGCUCCAAGACUUCGUCAACAUCAGGGAUGUGCUCAUCAGUGAGGGCCAUGCGGAGCUGGCGGAGGAGUGCUAUGAGUCCCGGCAAAGCCAUGAAGUUCUCAAGGGUCUCUUUUCCAAAUCAGUGGAGGCUGUGACAGGCACGUGUGUGCCGUCCCCCGUGAAGGACACGGAGAAGCACCUGAUCCAGGUCCUGCUGGACAGCUUCGCUUCCAGCAAGCUCGGGGCGCCGAGCCACAAGGUGACACUCCAUGGGCCUUUUAACCCUUAUGAACUGAAGUGUCAUAGUUUGACCAGAAUAUCCAAGUUCAGACGUGUGUGGAUCGAGAAGGAAAGCAUCAACUCUGUGGCCAUCAGCGACAGCCCCGAGGACCUCCACCAGAGGGUGCUGGUGGCAGCUUCCCUGUCCGUCAACGCGACUGGGUCCACCAUGCUGCUGAGAGAGACCUCUCUGCUGCCGCACAUCCCUGGCCUCCCGGCCCUCCUCAGCAUGCUGUUUGCACCCGUGAUGGAGCUCAGGGUUGACCGGGACGGGAAGUGCUACACUGGAGUCCUUUGUGGUUUGGGGUGCAACCCCACCACAGGGGCGCCCAUCCUGCCGGAGCACGACAUGGAGCUCGCGUUCGACGUUCAGUUCAGCGUGGAGGACGUCGUGGAGAUUAAUAUUCUCAGGGCCGCUAUUAACAAGCUAGUGUGUGAUGGACCGAACGGCUCCAGGUGUCUCGGGCCAGAAAGAAUCUCACAGUUACAGGAUAGCGUUCGUCAGAAACUUCUGGGCUUGUUCUGUCAGUUGAAGCCAAGAGAGAGAAUCGUCCCUAAGUGGCCUGAAAAGCCGUACGAGUGGAACCAGGUGGACCCGAAGCUGGUCAUGGAGCAGGCGGACCGAGAGGGCAGCAGGGGGAAGAACACCUUCCUGUACCAGCUGCACAGACUGAUCGUGCUCAGCUCCCAGCGGUGCCAGGAUCCCGCUCACGGCACUGGCGUGCCUCCAUCCGGGCGCCUCUUCUCUUCUGUGGUGGCGGACGGUGGUCUUUCUGUUCCUGUGGGAAGGACUGGGAAGCGGGGUCUUUUCUAGAAACAAAAUCGCUGUGCGAGGUGUCG